UCAGGGAAGUAGGUCGGGACUUUCAAAUAAAAUGGGAAAACCUCAAUUAAUAACUUUAGGAACUUUUUGACAUGUCACUGGCUAUCAGCCGAAGCCUAUGCCGAUGGAUAGAAGGUGUUUUACAUGAAGAGCGGCUGCGAUAGUGUCGCUCUGUCAACAGGUCCUCUGGAGAGGAUGGCGGGGCUUUUAGCGUGUGUGGGUCACGUGACGCGAGGACUGAAGAUUGACGUCAUGAGGGAAGCCGGACGUCAGUAUCCAGUCUUCUGCUUUGUGCUGCUCACCAUGGUGUCGAUGACUGUGCUGCUCAACAGGUACAUCCACAUCCUGAUGGUGUUCUGGUCCUUCCUGGCCGGAGUCACAACCUUCUACUGCUCCUUCGGCCCCGAGUCCCUCCUCCCCAACGUCCUCUUCUCCGUCAAGCCCCGCAGCAAAACGCGACGGGAGCAGGCGCUGUUUCCUCUGGGCCGCAGCUGUGCCGUCUGCGGGAAGGUGAAGUGCAGCCGCCACCGGCCGACGCUGCUCCUUGAAAACUAUCAGCCGUGGCUCGACCUGAAGGUUCCUUCAAAGGUGGACGCGUCUGUAGCAGAGGUGUUUGAGUUGGUCCUGGAGAACUUUGUGUACCCGUGGUACAGGGACAUCACGGACGACGAGGCGUGCGUGGAUGAACUCAGGAUGACCUUUCGCUUCUUCGCCUCGGUGCUCGUCCGCCGGGCUCAGAAGGUCGACGUUCCCGUCGUGUUUGCAGACAAAGUGAUGAAAGCCGCCAUGAAGCACAUUGAAAUUAUUGCAAAAGCUCGAGGAAAAGUGAAGGACUCGGGGGGCCUUCAGCAGGCGGCUCUGGACGAAUACGGCGCCGACCUCCACAUGGCGCUGCGCAGCCGCAGGGACGAGCUGCUGUACCUGAGGAAGCUGACGGAGAUGCUGUUUCCCUUUGUCAUGCCGCCCAAAGCGACGGACUGCAGGUCUCUGGCCCUGCUGCUGCGGGAGGUGAUGGCCGGAUCGGUCAUGCUGCCCACCAUGGACUUCAUGGCCGACCCCGACACUGUGAACCUCAUGGUGCUGCUGUUUGUGGACAACACUCCACCCGAGUCGCCCAGCGAUCCUCCGUCCCCCUCGGUGCCGUUUUUACAGAAAUACGCCGACGUCAGCAGCAAGAAGCCGUCGGUGCUGAAGUUGGAGCUGAAGGAUAUCCGGGAGCAGCAGGAUCUCCUCUUUCGCUUCAUGAACUUCCUGAAGCAGGAGGGAGCCGUUCACGUGCUGCAGUUCUGCCUCACUGUGGAGGAGUUCAACGAUAAGAUCCUGAGUCCGGAUCUGAGCGACUCGGAGCUGCAGCGGCUGCACGGCGAGGUGUUGCACAUCUACGAGACCUACUGCCUGGACGAGAGCAUCGACAAGAUCAGCUUCGACGGGUUCAUCGUGGAGGAGAUCAGGAACAUCGCUCUAGGUCCGUACGGCGGCGUGGUGAAGCUGCAGAAGAUGCACUGCCUCUUCGAGGCGUACGAACACGUCCUGUGUCUGCUGGAGAGAGUCUUCACCCCGAUGUUCUGCCACAGCGACGAGUACUUCAGACACCUGCUGAGGGGGGAGGAGUCUCCCACCAGGAGCUCCAGAAUCAACAGGAACCCGUCUAAGCGUGGCGAGUCGUUCGGGAUCAGCAGGAUCGGCAGCAGGAUCAAAGGCGUGUUCAAGAGCAGCGCCCUGGAGGGCGCCAUGCUGCCGCCCAGCGCCAUGAGCGACCUGGACCUCGAGCUGGUGGAGGAGGCCACCAUUGUGGUGGAGGACGGCUCCCCCGCCGAGCCAGCGGCGCCGCCGGGCUCCCCGAGGAACCUGUCGGCCUGGCGCCUGGUCAUCCCGUACAUCGACAUGUACGAGGACCACGUGAAGCGCGAGAGGGUCCCGGUCUUCUGCAUCGACGUGGAGCGCCGCGACCGCCAGGGAGUCGGGGACCAGCCUGAGACGUGGUCUGUGUACCGCAGAUACCUGGAGUUCUACGUGCUGGAGUCCAAACUCACCGAGUUCCACGGCACAUUUGCAGACGCUCAACUUCCAUCCAAAAGAAUCAUCGGACCAAAGAAUUGUGAUUUUCUUGCAUCCAAAAGGGAGGAAUUUGAGGAGUAUUUACAGAGGCUCCUGCAGCACCCUGAGCUCAGCAGCAGUCAGCUGCUGGUGGACUUCCUGUCUCCUCACAGUGUGGAGUCUCAGUUUCUGGACCGGAUGCUCCCUGACGUGAACUUGGGAAAGAUCUUUAAGUCCGUACCAGGGAAGCUGAUGAAAGAGAAAGGACAGAACCUGGACCCGUUCAUCCAGUCCUUCUUCAACUCCUGCGAGGCGCCCAAACCCAGACCCAGCCGGCCGGAGCUGACCGUCCUCAGCCCGUCCACCCAGAGCAGCAAGAAGCUUUUCAACAACCUGUUCAGAAACAACGCCAACCUGCCGGAGAAUUCAGAGAGGAAACACGACGACAACAUCCUGGAGAUGAUCUCCGUAGACGGCAUGUAUGACUACAUGAUGUACGUCGGUCGGACGGUGUUCCACACAGCGGACUGGCUCCAUCACGGUCUGGCUGCGGUGAGGAUCCUUCUGAAGAACACGUUUGAAGCCUACAUGGACCAGUUCAUGCAGUCCAAGCUGGAGCAGAUCCUCCAGGAGAACCACAUGGUGUCCCUCAUCACUCAGCUCAGAGACUCUGUGUUCUGUGAGAGCAGUGAGCAGCGAGCUCCUGAGGACAAACAGGUCCGAGCCAAGCAGACCUUCGAUGAGAUGAUGAACUAUCUACCAGACUUCGUGGAAAAGUGCGUCGGCCAGGAGGCGAAAUACGAAGGGAUCCGCCUCCUGUUCGAGUCCUUCCAGCAGCCCGUCCUCAACAAGCAGAUGACGUACGUCCUGCUGGACAUCGCCGUGCAGGAGCUCUUCCCUGAGCUCAGUCAGGGAGCGAAGGACGUCGCCGUGUGACGAGGAUCCACAUCUGGAUGCCAGAAGUGCAAUAAUCACUAUUAACAUUCCAAUGUAAAGGAAAGCGCAAAUAAAGAGAUAUAUAUUUAUUGUUUGUUCACUAA